CUCUUAUACUUGCAUUGCAACCUUAACCCACACCAUUCAUAUUCAAACCAAGCUGUUCAAAGAUGGAACCUGCCAAGACCAUCUUCUUAGCCAUCAUUUUCCUUCUCUUAACUUCAGCAUUGUCUUUAGCAAAUGCAAAAAUUCAUGCGCAUGAGUUUGUUGUUGAAGCAACUCCAGUGAAGAGGCUGUGCAAAACACACAAUGCCAUCACUGUGAACGGCCAAUUCCCCGGCCCAACGUUGGAAAUCAACAAUGGAGAUACUUUAGUCGUCAAAGUCACCAACAAAGCUCGUUACAAUGUGACCAUUCAUUGGCACGGUGUUAGGCAAAUGAGAACAGGAUGGGCAGAUGGACCUGAAUUUGUGACUCAGUGCCCCAUUCGUCCUGGAGGAAGUUACACCUACCGUUUUACCGUUCAAGGACAAGAAGGCACACUUUGGUGGCAUGCUCAUAGCUCCUGGCUUAGAGCCACCGUUUAUGGUGCUUUAAUCAUUCGUCCCAGGGAAGGAGAACUCUACCCUUUCCCUAAGCCAAACCACGACACACCCAUUCUUCUUGGGGAACGGUGGGACGCAAACCCUAUUGAUGUGGUGAGGCAGGCCACACGAACUGGAGGAGCUCCUAACGUGUCUGAUGCAUAUACCAUUAAUGGUCAACCUGGUGAUCUUUACAAGUGCUCCAACAAAGAUACUACCGUUGUUCCGAUUCAUGCUGGAGAAACAAACCUUCUACGUGUCAUCAAUGCUGCACUCAAUCAACCUCUAUUUUUUACCGUCGCAAACCAUAAACUUACGGUGGUUGGCGCCGACGCCUCCUACCUCAAACCCUUCACCACCAAAGUCCUCAUGUUGGGACCCGGCCAAACCACUGAUGUCCUCCUUACCGCAGACCAGGCACCAUCUCGCUACUACAUUGCGGCGCGUGCUUAUCAAUCUGCUCAAAACGCUCCGUUUGACAACACCACCACCACCGCAAUAUUGGAAUACAGAUCACCUCACCAUGGUAACCAUUCUCAGUAUCAUCAUUCUAAAGGUGUGAAGAACAAAAGGAGACCUAUAAUGCCUCCACUCCCUGCUUACAACGACACAAACACCGUCACUGCUUUCAGCAGAAGCUUCAGAAGCCCCAGAAAAGUUGAGGUCCCCACGGAAAUCGAUCAAAGCCUUUUCUUCGCUGUGGGGUUAGGACUCAACAAAUGCCCCAAAAACUUCAAACCAAAUAGGUGUCAGGGACCCAAUGGGACGAGGUUCACUGCGAGCAUGAACAACGUGUCUUUCGUGCUCCCCAACAACGUUUCCAUCUUGCAGGCUCAAUACCUCGGAAUCCCGGGAGUGUUCACGACCGAUUUUCCGGGGAAGCCGCCGGUGAAGUUCGAUUACACCGGCAACGUGAGCCGUUCAUUGUGGCAACCUAUUCCCGGGACUAAGGCUCACAAGUUGAAGUUCGGGUCGAGGGUUGAGAUUGUUUUGCAGGAUACUAGCAUUGUUACUCCUGAGAACCACCCUAUCCAUCUCCAUGGCUAUGAUUUCUACAUUGUUGCAGAGGGGUUCGGGAACUUCGACCCCAAGAAAGACAGGGCGAAAUUCAACCUUGUUGAUCCUCCUUUGAGGAACACAGUGGCUGUCCCUGUAAAUGGAUGGGCAGUUAUUCGAUUUGUUGCUGAUAAUCCAGGUGCAUGGCUUAUGCAUUGUCACUUGGACGUACACAUCGGGUGGGGUUUGGCGACGGUGUUGUUGGUGGAGAACGGUGUUGGGAAAUUGCAAUCCAUAGAGCCUCCUCCAGUGGAUCUACCUCUUUGUUAGCAGCAUUUCACAAAUGAUCUUCCACUAAAGAACCGAGUGAUACCAGUUUUUGUCAGUUUCAAAGUUUGGUCAAUGUUUCCCUGCAUUUUGGGAGGCUUUUUUUUUUUUUGUUUUGAUUCCAUUGCUUUGCUUUUCUUUAAUUGUACCUUCUUUUUAUAUAGAGAUAAAUUGGGUUUGAAACUUA